AUGCACAUCAGCACGCACUUGAAUGUCUUGCUACACAGCAUGCCGAAACACCAUACACACCGCCACGACAGUGGGGUUCUCGACUCUGGUAUCGCAUACAGCACCAGCCCGCUGAGCCACAUGGGAGGCUCGUUUACGCGCAAACUGAUCAUCGGCGAUCCGCUUCCUCUGAGUUUCUCUGUGAGGUGGUUCCCGACGCCGGCGCUGCCAAAGACGGAGGGAAAAGUCGAGUGGCAGGGAUUAGGCGGGCACAUCUAUGCCAGUACGUUCUUCUACAGCCUCGUCUCCUUCAUCGCCGGAUCUUUAGCAGCUGGCAUGUACACACUUGGAGUUGUCCUGCCCAGGCGUCUCAAAGGACGAUCAAUGGGCGGGGCCACGCCACUGGGCUACGGUAUCAGCACCGGGGUAGGCAAUGGCUGGGGAUAUCAGAAACCUCGCACAGACUAG